UUCCUCCUCUUUGUCCGUCUGUCCUCUCUCCCUGUCCAUCUGUCCUCAUCUCUUCUUCUGUGGUCAGAGGUGAAACCAGAGCCGGCGGUAGACGACUGGGAGGCCAUCGCCACCGAUGAGGAGAAAGAGUUGAAGAAAGUCCACAUCGAGGUGAAGGAGGACGCCGGCGCUCCUCCUCAGCAUACGGGUAGCAAUGAGGAGGAGGAGGAGGACGACGAGGAGGACGAUGAGGAGGAAGACGACGAGGAGGAGAGUGAGGAGGAGAGUGAGGAGGAGAAGGAGGCGACGAAGGAGACGACGAGCCACGGGAAGAGGAGGGCGAAGGACAGCGCGGACGACAAUAGCUCAAGUGAGGACGACGACGGGAGGACGAAGGACGAGCGUCUGUACGACCGAGCCAAGAGGAGGAUCGAGAAAAGGAGAGCAGACAACAUGAAGAACAUCGACCUGGACACGCUGAGGUCUCCUGUGGUGUGUGUGCUGGGACAUGUGGACACGGGGAAGACCAAGAUCCUGGACAAGCUGAGAAACACUAACGUUCAGGACGGAGAGGCCGGAGGAAUCACUCAGCAGAUAGGAGCCACCAACGUCCCCAAGGAGACGAUCGAGGAGCAGACGAGGAUGGUGAAGAACUUUGAAAAAGAAAACCUCCGGAUCCCCGGGAUGCUGAUCAUCGACACACCGGGACACAAGUCCUUCAGUAACCUGAGGAACAGAGGCAGCUCUCUGUGUGACAUCGCCAUCCUGGUGGUGGACAUCAUGCACGGUCUGGAGCCUCAGACGCUGGAGUCCAUCAACCUGCUGAAGGAGAAGAAGUGUCCCUUCAUUGUGGCCCUCAACAAGGUUGACCGUCUCUAUGACUGGAAGAGGAGUCCAGAGACGGACGUUGUGACGACGCUGAAGAAGCAGAAGAAGAACACGAAGGACGAGUUUGACGAGAGAGUGAAGGCUGUGAUCGUGGAGUUCGCUCAGCAGGGUCUCAACGCCGCCUUGUUCUUCGAGAACAAAGACCCGCGGACCUUCGUGUCUCUGGUUCCCACCUCGGCCCACAGCGGAGACGGGAUGGGGAACCUCAUCGCACUGCUGGUGGAGCUCACCCAGACCAUGUUAGCUCGUAGGCUAGCUCAGUGUGACGAGCUGAGGGCCCAGAUCAUGGAGGUGAAAGCUCUUCCCGGUAUGGGGACCACGAUAGAUGUGAUCCUGAUCAACGGGGUCCUGAGGGAGGGAGAGACCAUUAUCGUUCCGGGGGUGGAGGGACCAAUCGUAACGCAGAUACGGGGGCUGCUGCUGCCCCCCCCUCUGAAGGAGCUCAGAGUCAAGAACCAGUAUGAGAAGCACAAGGAGGUGUGUACGGCUCAGGGAGUGAAGAUUCUGGGUAAAGACCUGGAGAAGACUCUAGCAGGACUCCCUCUGCUGGUGGCUCACAAGGAGGACGAGAUCCCAGUGCUGAGGGAUGAACUGAUCCGUGAGCUCAAACAGACUCUGAGCUGCAUCAAACUGGAGGAGAAAGGAGUUUAUGUUCAGGCAUCAACACUCGGCUCUCUGGAGGCUCUGCUGGAGUUCUUGAGGACCUCUAAGGUCCCUUACGCCGGCAUCAACAUCGGUCCGGUUCACAAGAAGGACGUGAUGAAGGCGUCCGCGAUGCUGGAGCACGACCUGCAGUACGCAGUGAUCCUGGCCUUCGACGUGAAGGUGGAGAGGGAGAGUCAGGAGAUGGCCGACACUCUGGGAGUCCGGAUCUUCUCGGCCGAGAUCAUCUACCAUCUGUUUGACUCCUUCACCAAGUUCAGAGAGGACUACAAGAAGGCCAAGCAGGACGAGUUCAAGAAUAUUGCGGUUUUCCCGGCGAAGCUGAAGGUUCUUCCUCAGUUCAUCUUUAACUCCAGAGACCCGAUCGUGAUCGGGGUCACUAUCGAGGCCGGAGUCCUGAGGCAGGGGACCCCCCUCUGUGUCCCCAGUAAAGGGUUCGUGGACAUCGGCAUCGUGACGAGCAUCGAGAUGAAUCACAAGUCAGUCGAGAGUGCUAAGAAGGGUCAAGAGAUCUGCAUCAAGAUAGAACCGAUACCAGGAGAGUCCCCCAAGAUGUACGGACGCCAUUUUGAAGGCACCGACAUCAUCGUCAGCAAGAUCACGCGGGCGUCCAUCGACGCUCUGAAGAACUGGUUCAGAGACGAGAUGCAGAAAACCGACUGGCAGCUGAUCAUGGAGCUGAAGAACACCUUCGAGAUCAUCUGAGGGACCUCACACACACACACACACACACACACACACACACACACACACACACACGCACCUGAACACACACUUCCUCCCGUAGACCAUGCCGGAAAAAGGAAAGGGACAAAACAAAUAACUGGGAAAAAAAGUGUUUUUCUGCUGUUGUGCAACAGUGAAAGUUACCACACUACACACACAGACACACACAGUAUUCCAACGUGCCUGUUCUUCAGCAUCAACGUUAUUAUUUCUUCUUCUUCUUCUCUGGUUUGUGGCAUUGUGUCCCAGGCUCCGCCCCCCUUUAUCCGUCACCAGACUUAACGAGCUGAACGAGGAGCCAAUGUGCAGCCAAACACAGGUGCAUUAUGGGAUUUGUAUUGAGCAGCGGCGGGGCAGGAAGAGGACGUAAAAAUACGUCUUUUCUUCUGGUUUUCACAAAAGGUCAACAAAUUAUUGAAGCGGCGUCGUUGACUUUAAAAGACGUUAAAGACUCGGUUUGAAUGACGGAUGAUUUUAAACUUUCUGCUGACGUAAUAAACUCUGAUUCUGAUGAAA